AUGAACGUCCCGCAGCAGAAAAACAUCUGGAUUCUGCUCCGCUUGUGUUUGUCUGCUUCACCUCCGUUCAACAGUCUCUGCUCUUUACAGCUGAAGGAAUCUCUUCUCUCUGGAAUGAAGAGCCCAGCUCUUAUUCUGCUGCUCGUCUGGAGCUGUGCUGUGUGUCCCAGCAAACCAUCACCGCGAGACACAACAGCCCAGAACAGCACAGCAGAGGGUUCUUGUGAAGGACGGCCGCUGGAUCUGGUGUUCGUGAUCGACAGCUCCCGCAGCGUCCGGCCUGAAGACUAUAAGCGGGUGAAGACCUUCAUCAAGGACCUGCUGCUGUUCUUGAACGUGGGUCACAAUCAGACGCGUGUGGGACUGGUGCAGUUUGGCAGCGUAGUGCAGAACGAGUUCUUCUUGAACAGCUACUUUGAGAAGCAGCUGAUGUUGAGUGCUGUGGAGCGCAUGGAGCACCUGGCAUCGGGAACCAUGACGGGUUUAGCGCUGCAGUUCACGCGCGAGGAGGCGUUUUCUCCGGCUCACGGUGUGCGGCCCGUCCACAUGCAGGUGCCUCGCGUCGCUGUGGUGGUGACCGACGGCCGGCCGCAGGACUCUGUGGAGGAGGAAGCGGAUCGAGCGCGGCGGGCCGGGAUACAGAUCUUCGCUGUAGGAGUCGGCCGUGUGGACCUGGUGACCCUGCAGGCCAUCGGCAGCGAGCCGCACACAGAACACGUGCAUCUGGUGGCCAGUUUCAGCCAGAUAGAAACACUGCUUUCUGUCUUCCACUCAAAGCUGUGUGCAGGAUCUGAACCGUGUGCAUCAGGAAUCCACGAGUGUGAACACGAGUGUGUAAACACAGACGACUCGUUCAAGUGCCGCUGCAGGAAAGGUUUCACACUCGCUCCAGAUGGUAAAACAUGUGGUCUGGAUUGUAAACGUGGAUCUGUGGAUCUCAUGUUUGUCGUAAGUGGCUCCAGACACUUGGGCAUUACCAGGUUUGAUCUCCUGAAGCGGUUUGUGAGCAGAACGGUGAGCGCUCUGCCAGCCGGAUCUCGGGUCGGGCUGCUCCAGUACUCCUCUAAAGUCCGCAGCGAGUUCACUUUGGGCCAGUUCAGCAGCGCUACCGAGCUCCAGCGGGCCAUAGCAGCCGUCCGCUAUAUGGGCCGCGGCUCCGUGAUCAGCGCCGCCCUGCAAUAUCUGAUCCAGAACAGCUUCAGGAACAGCAGCAGAACAGCACAGAGGGUCGCUGUUGUGUUUACAGAUGGACGCUCUCAAGACAACGUGCACAAAUGGGCCAGCAAGGUCAAAGCUGAUGGCAUUACUCUAUAUUCAGUGGGUGUGGGAGAGACUGCAGAAGAAGAGCUGAAGUUUAUUGCGUCAGAGCCGCAGCAGAAACAUGUGUACUACGCAGAAGACUUCAGUCAAAUGGAGCAGAUCGCAGACAAACUGAAGACUCAGAUUCACAGCUGUGAAGAUCAGCUGUCAGUGUCACAUCAGUGUAAAUGUGGGAAGAUGAUGCUGUUCCACAACAUGACCACUGAAGCUCUGUUAAGGAUUUCACAGAAGUAUAUCCUUUAUCCCAGACUCAAGCUUUACUCUUACACAUGUCCCUAAUGCACGGCACAUUUAUUUAUCUGCUCAUCUGACACACUCAGUUCAGUUCACGGAUCUCGGACGUUCAGAAAGACAUUCAAACUGUGUAGCGCUGUGUUGAAAUCAGUAGAUUAGGGUUAGGCUUUUUUUGUACUUUGUGGCCAUCUGGUGGUCAAAAGGUUAAAUAGAAGUGAGUAAUAUCACGUAAGUAAAAUAUGUUUCUUCAUGAACGUCUGAAUUAUUUGAAAGAAAUAAUCAGUUCAACACUGAUAACAUUAUUUUAUAGGCAAGGUUCACUGUGGGUUUCAUUUAAUUACCAUACUGAAAAAACCCCCCAUGAGUAAUUAAAAUAAAGACGACGCUGAGGUUGGCAUCUCUCAAAGCAGAUACUGAAGCAGUUUCAGGGUAGUGAUGGGAGAAACUAACCUUCUCGAAACUUCGAAUCAAUUGAACCAACUGCUUUGCAAAAUGA